UGAUCAUUUCCGCACAAGGAGGAAACCGAGUUGGUCGGGUCGCAGUUGCUUGUUGUUGUUUCUCACUUGUCGUUUAACAUGGUUUGACGAAGCAAGUUGUUUUCGGGAACAAGCUGCUAAUAUCAUGGGGAAGAAAGAUAGGGGAGAUCGGGAGAGGAAGUCUUCUAAGAAGCGUGUGUAUGACGAAGAGGAGUAUGAGGAGGAGGCGAUGGGCAGUGAGUCCCAGGAGACCAUCCCUGCAGCGGCCGGUAAAACGGUGGAUGAGUCGGCCAUCAAGCUGGACGAGUACGGGGCUAAAGACUACCGGCUGCAGAUGUUGCUGAAGAACGACCACGGAUCACGACCUCUCUGGGUGGCUCCAGAUGGACACAUCUUCCUGGAAGCCUUCUCUCCGGUAUAUAAGUAUGCCCAGGACUUCCUGGUAGCCAUAGCAGAGCCAGUGUGUCGUCCGGUCCACGUUCAUGAGUACAAGCUGACAGCCUACUCCCUCUACGCUGCUGUGAGCGUCGGUCUACAGACCUCAGACAUCGUGGAGUAUCUCCAGAAACUCAGCAAGACAUCUGUACCGGACGGCAUCGUGCAGUUCAUCAAGCUCUGCACUGUGAGCUACGGCAAGGUGAAGCUGGUGCUGAAACACAACCGGUACUUUGUGGAGAGUGCGUUCCCAGAGGUGAUCCAGCGUCUUCUUCAGGACAGUGUGAUCAGAGAUUGUCGUCUCCGAACCGCAGAGGGAACAGACACCGAGCUCAUCACUGAGGUCGUACACAGCAAGUCAGCGAUCUCUAAGUCCCUCCAGGACAACGGAGCAGGGGCCUCCACGUCAGCAGGGGCCCCUGAGGGCCAGACGCCAGGAGCCACCCAGGUACCAGAGGACAUAUUCAGCUACUAUGAACAGAUGGACAAGGAGGAAGAGGAGGAGGAGGAGACGCAGACCGUGUCCUUCGAGAUCCGACAGGAGAUGAUUGAAGAGCUUCAGAAGAGGUGUAUUAAUAUGGAAUAUCCUCUACUGGCGGAGUACGACUUCCGCAACGACACGGUGAACCCUGACAUCAACAUGGACCUGAAGGCCACCGCUGUACUCAGGCCUUACCAGGAGAAGAGCCUCCGCAAGAUGUUUGGUAACGGCCGAGCCCGCUCGGGAGUCAUCGUACUACCUUGUGGUAAGAGGGAGGGGGAGAGAGGG